UGGAGAAGUUGAUAUGUCAUAAUUCAACGAAUGCACUACGGCAUGUCUUUGCAAGUAGGAUUGCAGAAAUAAAGGUCUCACGUCAGUGGAACCGUUUGUCAUUUGUUUCCUGUGCUUGCAAUGGCUUGCUUCUCAUGGACGAAUCCUUACAACUCCUUCCUGCUAUUGAAACGCUAGAUUUGAGCAGGAACAAGCUUGCUAAAGUGGAUAAUCUCCGGAAGUGCACCAAAUUGAAGCUUCUAGAUCUUGGUUUUAAUCACCUCAGAAGUGUAUCAUCAUUUAAUGAGGUUUCUUGUUGCAUUCUCAAGCUUGUAUUGAGGAACAAUACUUUGACUACAUUGCAUGGAAUUGAGAAUCUGAAGUCACUAGUUGGGCUUGAUGUGUCCAACAACGUAAUAUCCAAUUUCUCAGAGAUAGAAGUCCUUUCCGAACUCUCAUCUCUUCAAAACUUGUGGUUAGAAGGAAAUCCUAUUUGUUGCGCAAGAUGGUAUAGAGCCCAAGUUUUCACCUUUUUCCCCCAUCCUCACCAAUUGAAACUAGAUGAAGAAAAUCCUACCACAAGUGACUUGUGGAAGAGGAAAGUUAUUAUUGCCGGUAGGCAGAAACAACCCGCUAGCUUUGGAUUCUAUGCACCAGCAAGAGAUGGUGCUGACCUAAGAGCCAUAAAUACAAAAAGGAAGAAGGUGUCCCGACUGGUUAGCAUUAAAAAUGAAGAAGAUAUCACGUUCCUGUUAUCAGAUCAAGAUUCUGUAUCUUGUGAUAAUGACAUUCACAGCAAAGUGGGGAGUGCCAAUUCUGACCAGGAAUCUGAAAUUGUUGACUUGAUGAACAAGAUCGAACUUAUGAAGAAAAAACGGUCCGAUCUCUGGUUGCAGGAGUUCCAAGAUUGGAUGGAUCAUUAUUCUGACGAUUUCUUUGGCAGUAUUGAAGGUAUAGGGCCCAAUUUAAAUUCUAAAAGAAAUCAUCAAUGGAAGGGAAAGGUUAGCAUUAAGCAAAAAGGUGAGACCUCAAAUGUUAGUAGUACAAAUCUUCUAGAACCAGAAACCUCUUUUGCAGAGAGAUCUAUUGGUUGUAAUGCACGAAGAUACUCUACCCAUGUAGGGGAAGCAUCUUCAAAAAAUGUAAUGGGACUCCGGAAGGAACAAGAGAAUGUCAAUUACUCAAGUAAUAAAGUAAGUCUCCCUGUGAGUGCUAGAAUAUCUACUUCUGAUCCUGUUGUUAACGCCGAGGGUGAUAAGAUAAGUGGCAAUAAAAAUGCUGCAGUGAGUUAUUUUCUUGAAACACAUUCUUCCUUCACUGGCACUGGAUCCCCUCCUCACUACAAAGAGGAUAUUCUGCAUAGACGACUCAAUCUGGAAGAAGAAUUUCUGCAGCUUUCUACAGAAUCUCUUUCGGUAGAAUCUUCUGAUAGUGAUACAAGUUGCAGCGAGGAAGAUUCCAUUCAAUAUAAGCAGGCCAAAUCUUCGGUUGACCAGUCAGUUAUUGGAGAUCUCAUUGAAAAUGGUGAUGAAUGCUGUCUACCUGAAACACAUAUUGCUUUGAAUCAAAAUGAUAAACACACAUCAGACUCAUAUACUGAAGAAAAUUCUAGCUUUAUAGUGGAGGUUCAAGGAGCAGACUGUGCCAGAAAAGAUGCUGAAGUAGUAGAUUUUGUGGUGCAAGAGGCCAAUUGGCUAGAGAGCAAAAAGUCUAAACGGAAACCUAGAAGGAGAAUGAUAUCACUACCUGAGGAGGCUAAAACAAAUGGUCAAAUUGAGCAACCAAAAAAAGCAAAUGAAAAAAUAAGUACUUGUAGAGGUGAUGAAGAUAGAAUUUAUUUCCUUGCCAAUUUCCAUAAUGCUUCCCUGGAGACUUGACAAUUCAUGUACAAUGAUCAAAAUUGCUUGCGGAUCAUAAAGAUGAAACUUUCUCCGAGAAGAAAUCGAUAUCUAGUGGGGUAGAACAUUUUGUUAACGGUUACUUCGUCCCAAAUAUUUCACAUGCUGGAUCUAAUCACACUAUUCAGAUAUUUGUAGGUUGCUAUUGUUUAGUUUAUGAAGAAAAAUGGGUGCAGUGAAAGGUAAAUAUAUAUCUAUUAUAGCUAGUUGAUUUCUUUCUCUAAAUAUUUUUUUGUAGAUAUAUAUUUCACAUUUGUAACUCGUAUACUAUGCAUUCCAUGAUAUGUAUUUUUUUCAAAUAUAAUGCCUUUAGUACUACAUUUGUAGCUAGUUGAUUUCUUUCUCUAAAUAUUUUUUUGUAGAUAUAUAUUUCACAUUUGUACUUGUUUUUGAUGGUCG